CUGCCCCUUUGCUCUUUCUACCUUUCACAUCAUCAAAGCCCCUAAACAAUUUGGAACCAUGAAGUGGGUAACAUUCAUUUCUUUUCUUUUCUUGGCAAGCUUGGCCGCGUCAAAACAUCUACCCAGAAGGUACCGGCAUGCAGGACAUCAGGACACCAUAGCACAAGCUACCGAAGUGACGCCUGAUGAGUUUCGAGGGAUUGCCCUAGUCAUAUCCUCUCAAGCCCUGCAACAAGCGACAUAUGAAGAGGUGUCAAAAGUAAAGAAUGAUAUUGUAGAACUUCAGAAGAAAUGUGCUGCUGAUGAAAAAUCAGAUCCAGAAUGUACAAAGCCUUUGGGUACCGUUUUUCUGGAUGAAUUUUGUCACGAGCAAGAAAUUAUUGCGAAAUAUGGAUUUGCUGACUGUUGUGCUAAAGUUGACCCAGAAAGAAAAGACUGUAUUCUGGCCCAUAAAAAUGGAACUCCAGGAUUCAUUCCUCCCUUUCAAAAACCAUCUGCAGAGGAGGGCUGCAAAGCUUUUGAAGCAGACCCAGAUCAAACCAUGGGAAGGUAUGUCUAUGAAAUUGCCAGAAGAUACCCUUUUUCAAAGACCUCCAGCAUCUUUGCAGGAGCUAGAAAAUAUAAGGAGGUACUGACAACUUGCUGCAAGGAAGCUGACAAAGAUGCCUGCUUUACAGAAAAGGCAACAGAAGUCUCAAAGUAUUUGAGAAAAGAGUUUGCUCGACAAAAGCAGAUAUGCUCUGUCCACAGGAAGCUUGGAGAACUGCCCCUGCGGGCUCUAAAAGUUGCUCAGCUCAGUCAAAAGUUUCCAAAGGCAGAUUUCCCUACAGUUCUCAAGCUUUCUGCGGAUAUUGUACAUGCCUACACAGAAUGCUGCAAGGGCGAUACUCUGGAGUGCUUGCUUGAUAGGGCUGACGUGUCAAAGUACAUCUGUUCACAUCAAGCCACUCUAUCUUCUAAAGUGCACGACUGCUGUGAAAAGAGCCUGCUGGAACAAGGAGAUUGCAUAGCCCAUUCGGAAAAUGAUGACAAGCCUGCAGAUCUGUCUCCCACUGUCAGAGAAUUCAUUGAUAACAAAGAAGUGUGCCAACAUUAUGCUGACAACAAGUCUCUUCAUCAGGCAAAGUUUGUGCAUGAAUAUGGAAGGAGACACCCUGAGUUAUCCCCAGAGUUGCUUGUGAGACUUGGCAAAGGCUAUGGUGAUUUGUUGGAGAAGUGCUGCCCUCUUGAGAAUGUUGUGGAGUGCCUUGGCCAUGGGGAAGCAGAGCUCAAAAAACACAUUUCUGACACCCUAGAAGUGAUGAAGAAAAACUGUGAACUGCAUGCGACAGCAGGAGACUACCUCUUCCAAAAUGAGUUGCUUGUCCACUACACCAAGAAAGCACCCCAGCUGACUUUUGACCAACUGUACGAAUACACCAAGGGACUCACAAAAGCUGCUGCCAAAUGCUGCCACGAAGAUGAAGCCCACAAGCUACCAUGUGCUGAGAAAUAUGUCUCCUUUGUGCUUGGAGAGAUAUGUCGGGAGCAUGAAAUGCAUCACAUCAACAAACAAGUGUGCAAAUGCUGUGGUGACUCCUUAACUUUCCGUCGGGAAUGUUUCAGUGGUUUAGGACCGGAUCCAGAAUAUCAGCCUACACCAUUUGCUCCCGACCUGUUCACCUUCCAUCCAGAUUUAUGCACAGCUGAUCCAGAAGUUCUGAAGCGCAAGAAGCAAAAGCAGCUUGUCGACUUGAUAAAGCACAAGCCCACAAUCACUGAUGAGCAACUAGCGGGCGUGGUUGUAGAUUUCCAAGGCAUGAAUACACAGUGCUGCGAAGAUGCUGACUCUAAGACAUGUUUUGAAAGAGAGGGUCCCAAACUGAUUGAAAGGACCCGAACUGCUUUUGGAGAAAGCUAAACAUCUCAGCUCAGCAAUGGAAGAAUCCUGGAGAUAAAGUCCAAAUAUGCUCAAGCGCCCUCGAAUGCUUGCUUCCUUGUUAAAUGUCACCCUUCUAAUUCAAAGGAAAUGAUGAUGUGAUUCUUCCAUAAUCUUCAUCUCUCAUGACAGUCGUACUGUCGAGAAUGAAUAAAGUCUUUAAACAAAUAAACAUC